CAGCCUGGUGGCUGGGGCCGCGCUUGGGGAGGCCGCUCUGGGCACGUACGCGCCCGUCUCCCUGGCCUGCUGAGUCCCGGGAGCGGAUCCGGGGCAGAGGGAAGAGAGCGCCGGGUCAGGGCCGCUGACGCCGACUGGACUCCGCCUGCAGCCCGUUAGUGCGCUGGUCAGUCCUUCAGCCCGGCGGCCCGCGGGCCCUGCCUCUGGGGUAAGCGGCUCAGCCUCCAGACUCAGGAGCGUGGGAAGAGGGCGCCUGGCAGCGAGCGGGGACCCGCGGGGCAGGGGAGGGGCGAAGAGGAGGCCCGACGGACCUUGGCCGCCCUGCGAGGUGGGUAGCGACCCAGCGGAGCAGCGCCGCCCCGACGGCCGCCGUCCAGGACGCGGCAGGCAGGUAGCAGUUGGUGCUUGGGUUCUACUUCGAUGUGGAGCGGAGGGACUCGUGGAGUCAAGCUUAAGAUCAGCUUGUGAGAUUAGAUCAACCACCAUUGACCUGCCUCCUAACAUAGUCAGCUGAGAAGGCCUCUUCCAGUUUCUUCAGGAUGCCCGCGGCACUUGUGGAGAACAGCCAGGUUAUCUGUGAAGUCUGGGCCAGCAAUCUUGAGGAAGAGAUGAGAAAGAUCCGAGAAAUCGUGCUUAGUUACAGUUACAUCGCCAUGGACACAGAAUUUCCCGGUGUUGUGGUACGACCAAUUGGUGAAUUUCGUAGUUCCAUAGAUUACCAGUAUCAGCUUUUACGGUGCAAUGUUGACCUUUUAAAAAUUAUCCAGCUGGGCCUUACAUUCACUAAUGAGAAGGGAGAAUAUCCGUCCGGAAUCAACACUUGGCAGUUUAACUUCAAAUUCAACCUUACAGAAGACAUGUACUCCCAGGAUUCCAUAGAUCUCCUUGCUAACUCAGGACUGCAAUUCCAGAAGCAUGAAGAGGAAGGGAUCGACACACUGCAUUUUGCCGAGCUACUUAUGACAUCAGGGGUGGUUCUCUGUGACAAUGUUAAAUGGCUUUCAUUUCACAGCGGCUAUGACUUUGGCUACAUGGUCAAGUUACUUACUGAUUCUCGUUUGCCAGAAGAAGAGCAUGAAUUUUUUCACAUUCUGAACCUUUUCUUCCCAUCCAUUUAUGAUGUGAAAUACCUGAUGAAGAGUUGCAAAAACCUUAAGGGAGGCCUUCAGGAGGUUGCCGAUCAGUUGGAUUUGCAGAGAAUUGGCAGGCAGCACCAGGCAGGCUCCGACUCACUGCUCACAGGAAUGGCAUUCUUCAGGAUGAAAGAGUUGUUUUUUGAGGACAGUAUUGAUGAUGCCAAGUACUGUGGGCGGCUCUACGGUCUGGGCACAGGAGUGGCCCAGAAGCAGAAUGAGGAUGUGGACUCUGCCCAGGAGAAGAUGAGCAUCCUGGCAAUUAUCAACAACAUGCAACAGUGAUGGUGGCCAGGCUCUGCAGGGUGGCCCCAUCCAACUGUGGUGCUUACUGAGCUGUGUGUCCUCAAGAGAAAAAUGCUUCCUUUGAGCAAACUGUACCUGCUAUCUGCAUUGAGCAGAAAGACUCGUUUUACUAAAGACAAAAGCUGUCUGUUUUUAGACCCAGAAGAGGGGAGUUUGCUCGGAAUUUGUAAACAAGUCUUCCCUGUUUCUCACCCCCAAACCAAUCCUCACCAAUUACCUCCUGCCACCAGCAGCCAUGGCUCAUUUGACACCUUUUUAAAUAUCCAGGACAAGUCAGAAACAAGUAAAAUGUAUAUAACUCUUAGCUGUUGUCAUUCUUUUUCUUUUUAAUGCCUUGUUAAUCUCUGAGAAUGAAGACUUCUGCUGUGAUCCUCAGCUGAGCUGAGGGCUUAUAGGGAACAGAACAAAAUGGUGAUCUUGUGAAAUGAGGUGUUGGUGAUGAGUCUUUCUUCCCUCCCCUCCCUAAGGACAUUUGCUUUCCUCUCACAUCAUUCACCUUUAUGAACUAUAUUACAGACAUGAAUUACUUAGUGCUGAAAUUUGAAAACCAGAUAAAGAAAAUUCUAUCCUUUUCAAAGAAUCUACCUAUCCUUUAUUCAGAAGGAUCUCCAGUAUCUUCUGUUUUUCCAUUGUGCCACUGAGGUUUGUUGUCACACAUUGUUCAUUUGAAACCAUCUUGUGUUUUCAUAUAAACUACCCUGUAUUUGUUCCUGAAGGAGAUGCUUAAGUCAGAUUUUUGGAUGCAGAUUAUUUUCAGAUGGUUUCUGAUGGUUAUCUGUAUUCUCCCUACUCUCUUCUUCCUCUGUAUUUACCCACUUACCCUCAGUAAACACCAAGAAGUUCGAUGAAAUAACAUGAGUACCAGGAAACAUGAGUCUUUUAAAGUUAAGUGGUUACAAGUCAACAAGGUAGUAAAGGAAUCUGGUUUGUGCAGUUCUCUUGGAGAGAUAGCCUACAACUCGGGUAGGAAGCUCAGGACAUUUUUAAAGCUAGUCAUUUAAAAACACCUUUUUUGAGGAAUGACUGUAGCAUGGACUGUUUUGAAAAACCAAAACCCUCUCUGGAAUGGUGGACUUGAAAAUUGGUUACUCUGAAAUGGAUGAAUUAUUUUACAUUUUAAAAAGGUCAUGGGAAAUUCAAUUUGAAAUGAUUCAGACUUGUCAAGUAUUAUAAGCUGGUAUUUAAGAUACUUGUAAAUAUUAUUUAUGUUUUUAAUUUUGUAAAAUAAAGAUUUCUUUUUAACCACUGGCA